GCGAGUUCUGCGGAGAGAGAGGAGGAGAUGGAACCGUGCGUGAGAAGCCAGAGCGGCGGCGUCAAGAAGAAGCCGAUGACCUCGCCGCCGUUCGACGCCGUCGGCGACGAUCUCCUCCGCGAGGUACUCCUCCGCCUCUCCAACAUGGCGUCGCUCCUCAGCGCCGCCCUCGCCUGCAAGCGCUGGCACCGCGCGGCCUCCGACACCACCGUUCUCCGGCGCUUCCUCCCGCUCCGCCGCCCCCCGCUCGUCGGCUUCAUCCUCACCGACCGCGGCGACAUGCCCGUCCCCCGCCACCGCCCCAACCUCCGCUUCGUCGGCGCCACCGCCCGUAGGCCCAGUCUGGCAUCCGCCGGCGCCGAUUGCGACGUCUUCUUCGAAGACCUCCCCGAUAUCGAUUCGGACGUCGACGACGAGUGGCGCAUCCGCGGCUGCGACGGCGGCCGCCUCCUCCUAUCCUGGGGCCGGUACGCGUCCCACCUCGCCGUCUACGAUCCCCUCGCGCGGACUGCCAUCUUCUUCCGCCCACCCAGUGCCUUCCGUGCAUCGUUCCACGUGGUCAGGUACGCGAUCACCGUCAACGACGCCGACGCCUCGUUCCGGGUCGUCGCCAUGGUGGACAGCAUCUCCUCCGCCGUGUUCUCCUCCCACACCCGCGAAUGGACCGUGUUCGACAUCGUCGACGACGACGAGGGAGAAGAUCUGUAUUACUACCGCUUCGACGACAGCGACGGCAUGCCCGCCGGGCGCUUCGUGUACUGGCGUUCGAACCGCCAGAACGAGAAGCGGAUCUUGCUGCUCGACAUGACCACCAUGGAGUGGACGGUCAUCGCGCCGCCGUUCGCAGCAGGGGAGUCGUACUGCGUCGCCGACAUGGCGGAGCACGGCGGGCUGUGCCUCCUGUCCAGCAGGGACCAGAUCCUCGAGCUCUGGGUCCGCAGCAGCAGCAGCAAUGGCGGAUCACCGUGGCUGCUCAAGAAGACGAUCUCACUGUUCGAUCGGUUCGGAUACCUGAAGACGCUGCGGCGUGAGGAGUGGAUGAAGAGGGUGCGCGUCCUCGCGGCGAAGGCUGGCUAUGUCUACAUGGAGUUCUGGUCCAUCAGGAAGCCCAACUCCUAUCUCCUCGUCCUCGAUCUCGACACCACGAAGCUGGAGAUGUUUCGCAACGAUUCGGAUGAGCCUUUCAGGGGUCCUGCAUUUCCCUUCUUCUUGCGUCUGGCACCCCUGCUUGAUGGAACUUCUUAAUAGGUAAUGGUGUUCUAUUUAGUUUGCUUGUUAUAUCGCUUUUCUUCAUUUUUCAGUUAGAUUCUGGACAAAUCAUUCUUUUUUAGCAUAAGCACCAAAUUCUGGAUUGGUAUCUGGCUUCAGAUGUUUAGUUUUAAAACUCAUUUGGAAAGGUUACUCCUUCGUUCCAAAUUGUAACCAUUUCUGACUAUGUAUUUGGAUAUCCCUUCGUUUAGGUACAUAGCCAGCAAUGCAUCUAGGGAUGUUUAGAUGGGGCUAAACUUUUUAGCCCUAUA